AUGAAGAUCGAAGAUCAGAAGAGCAAAAUGGUUGGGUUGGAGUCUCUCCUGUGUAUUCUUCUUUUAAUAGGAUUUACUAUCGCUAAUGCUUUGCCCUAUGACUACACGGCUUCCAUCGAGUGUUUGGCAAGUCCUCACAAACCUCAAUACCAUGGAGGAAUCAUACAAAACCCAGAGCUGAAUGAAGGGUUGAAGGGAUGGGUUGCGUUUGGAGAUGCUAAAAUAGAGCACAGAAAAAUGGGAAACAACAGAUUCAUUGUGGCUAAAUCCAGAGUUCACCCUCACGAUAGUGUCUCACAAAAUCUUUACCUGCAAAAGAACAAAAUCUACACUUUCUCUGCCUGGAUUCAAGUGAGUAAGGGAAAAGUUCCAGUAUCAGCUUUUUUGAAGACCCAAACAGGGAGCAAAUAUGCUGGUGCUGUUUUCGCCGAGUCCAAUUGCUGGUCCAUGCUUAAAGGUGGCCUCACUGUUGAUGCCUCUGGCCCUGUUCAACUCUAUUUUGGGAGUAACGACACAUCGGCUGACAUAUGGGUGGAUAGCAUCUCAUUACAACCAUUCACACAAAAACAAUGGAUGUCUCAUCAAGAUCAAGCCCUUGAAAAGACUCGAAGGACGAAGGUAAGAAUCCAGGCAGUGGAUAGUGAAGGAAAACCCUUAUCUAAUGCUACAAUCAUAGUUGAACAAAAGAGAGCUAGCUUCCCAUUUGGCUGUGCUAUAAACAAAAACAUCCUCUCCAACAACGCCUAUCAGAAUUGGUUCAACUCCAGGUUUACAGUGACAGUAUUUGAAGAUGAAAUGAAGUGGUAUAGCACAGAACCUUCUCAGGGCAAAGUGGAUUACUCAGUCCCUGACGCCAUGCUUCAAUUUGCCAAGAAGAAUAAUAUUCAAGUCCGUGGCCACAACGUGUUCUGGGAAGAUCCCAAGUUUCAGCCAUGGUGGGUCAAAUCACUUUCACCAACUGAUCUUUCCAAGGCCGCAACGAAUAGGAUCAACUCUAUCAUGUCAAGGUACAAAGGGCAAGUCAUUGGCUGGGAUGUUGUUAAUGAGAAUCUGCACCAUGAUUUCUUUGAGAGCAAGUUAGGGAAUACUGCUUCUGCAGUUUUCUACAACUUGGCUCAGAAGAUUGAUGGAGGUUCGACUUUGUUCUUGAAUGAAUAUAAUACCAUUGAAGAUGGAAGAGAUGGUAAAUCUACACCAGCAAAGUACCUGCAAAAGUUGAGAGAUAUUAAGGCAUUUCCCGGUAACCAAAAUUUGAAAUUGGGGAUUGGACUUGAAUCCCAUUUCAGUCGUUCAGCUCCAAACCUUGCUUAUAUAAGAGCUUCCAUAGAUACACUUGGUGCAACCAAUUUGCCAAUUUGGCUCACAGAGCUAGAUGUUCAAAGCAACCCCAAUCAGGCUAAUUACUUGGAGCAGAUUCUAAGGGAGGCACAUAGUCACCCAAAAGUGGCCGGCAUAGUGAUUUGGGCAGCCUGGAAACCACAGGGAUGUUAUGCCAUGUGUCUGACAGAUAACAAUUUCAAGAACUUGCCUACUGGUGAUGUAGUUGACAAGUUACUGGCUGGACGGUUUGCUACUAAGUCCGUGGUUGGCAGGACGGAUGGUAAUGGCUUCUUUGAGGCGUCCCUUAUCCACGGAGAUUACAGUGUGAAAAUUCAUCACUCAUCUGCAGAAAAUUCAUCUUUGGUUCAAAGCCUUAAUGUGGUAUCAAGUAUUGGUACAGCUAAAGAAACAUUGCUUGUGCAGUUUUCCGGUUGAAUCUUUUCUUUGAUGGGCUUAUCUUUGUGGGUUUAGGAUGAUAAUGGUUGGUGAGGUUACUUCAAUUUAGGGGUUACAGAUUCUUUGCUGAGAUAUAAAAAACCAAAAAAUAAGAAAAAGGGAAGAAACAAAGAAAGGGAAAUCAACUAGUCUACUGCACGAGCGACUAUGAACUCAGUUAUUUCUUUGUGGCGUAUGAGGAGAAUAAUGGAUUAGAAACAUGCCAUCUCUGCUUAAAUUUCAAAAAAGAAUACAGUUAAAUUCCCAUGCUUCAUUCUGUGCAAGGAAAUAGGGUAGAUUUCAAUUACGUACGAUACCUAAACUUAGUUCAAUACUCUCUCUCUCUCU